CAACCUACACCCUCUCCCACUAUAUCGCGAGAGACUGAUUGGGACAGCAGGCAGAGAAAUAUCCAUAUACCUGCCACAAGAGCAGUUGUAAAGCCUUUAUAAAUAAAUAGAUACCAUGAUUCAUCAAUAAGUUUAGCAUCGACGGGGGGCAGCUAGACGGAGAGGAAUGAAUACUAAUGUUAACAUAGGCAGGCAAACUGCCUGCUUAGCAAUACAGCCAGCUAGCUGACCAGCAGCUCAAACUUGAUAAUUUAUUAGCAGUGCUGGGUUAGCUAGUUAGCACCAGGCUAGUUCAAUAUUUGCACUUAAACUUUUUCGAAUUUCACUCACGCCAGAGAACAAAUUGCGUCUUUUGUGCAAAAAGCUAACGUUAACUGCACCGGCUUCGAGUUACACACUGGCCUGAAGAUGGUCACAAAUCCCUACCACAGGAUCCUCGCAAAGCCUUAAAACUGGAGGCCACCUGAGAACUAACAUCAGCUCAGCCGGCCAAAUGUUAUGUUGUUACUCGCCAUACAUACAUUUACACAUAUUAUUUUGUGUAGAAUGUGAGCUAUUUUAGAGUACCAAACAUUGACAUUACAGCUUUAUAUCUUUUCUUUUUCUUUUCUUUUUUCUUUUAAAAAUGGGGGAAGACAAUUACCAAUCACUGUCAGGCCACAUUUUUUGGUCAGGUUUUCCAAAUUCAUUUUAAUUGUGAAACCGUAGCCUGAUGAGCAGAUUGCGCGUUUCCCAUACGCACAUAGACCGCAACGAUCCUGACAUCUUUGAUGAUUGUUUGGUCUUAAAUUGGUCACCUAUUAGUCAGUCAUGAACGGUUCCCUUUUAACCCCGCCCAGCCCACGGGCUGCAGCAAAUUCAUCCCCCCUUCCACCUUCUCCAUCUCCAUCGCCUUCUCCUCCAUCUCCUUCACUGUUGCCCCUCUCAACGAGACCCCCACCUUUGCCACCUCCAGCUCCUGCCAGUCAGCCCUUGUCGUCAUUGUCUGACACACCCACGCCGUCUCCAUCUCCCUGCCUUAGUUGGACCGAGUUCUGUGAGCUCCAUGCCCGGGUAGCCGCCGGUGACUUCGCCCGCCAUUUCCGGGCCUUCCUGCUGGAGAACCCGCAUUACUCCCCUGAUUCUGCAGCUGCUUUUUGCCAGCGCUUCACCGACAGAUUUGUUCGUCAUUUCGAGAGCGAGCUCGAAGGGACAGGCGUCGGUAGGGAAGGAACAGUGAACUGGGUCGCCCAAUCGGAUGUUACGUCGCUGGAGGAGGAUGCAGCGUCUCCAUCCCUGCUGCCGCCAGAGGCCUCCACCCCCUGCCCACCCACUCACACACGGGCUAUGCCCAAACCGGUCUUGAUCCAGGAUGGCCGCGGCACAGAACAAUUCCAGAAUACAGGAGCAUUUCAGGAUUUGUAUGCUCAUACGCAGAUUCUCCCACCAUCCUCUUCUUCGUCGUGCUCUUCCUCUAUGGGCGGGAAUAAUGGGCGGAGGGAGGAGAGGGGAACUGCAGUCAAACACAAUCCAUCUGGCUACAAUGACCUGGAGGAAGAGGACGACAGCUGGGCUGGUCCCGUGGCUGGAGAGGUUGUGGAGACGGACAUAGUAGAAAGGGACGAUGAGGGCGAGAGUGAAUUGACCUCGGAAAGAGCCGAUCUCAGCCAGACUCUGACAUGCCCCAACUCCUCUGGCACACCAGCAAAUUCUGGGUCAAAGGGUAAUGGGACACCCAUUGGGGGUCACUCCAAAAAUAAACUAAAAAAGCGGUUCUCUCUGCGCAGCGUGGGGCGCAGUGUCAGAGGGAGCGUGCGAGGCAUCUUGCACUGGCGCAGCUCCUCCAGCGACUCCCCUCAGAACUGCAGCGUGGGGAACGUCAACCCUCUUCCUUCCAGUUACAGCUACACUACAGGCCUGCAGGAUUGCAAGAGGAACUCUGGCUCGCAGGGUGUUCCCUCUUCUCUCCCUGUGUCUCUCUCCCUUCCCCUCUCCCUCCCUCACUCGUCGUCCUCUUCAUUGCCCCCAUCAUCCUCCAGUAGCGCCACCUCCCUUUCAUUUUCCGAGGCCCGUGACUGGCGGAGGAGCAACGGCGAUGGGGAAAAGGAGAAAUGGAGUCACCGGUUGGAGAAACUGCGACUGUCUCGUUCACCCCCGCCGACGUUGUCCUCCGCAGCUCCACCUUCAUCGGUCGUGUCCCCCUCGGCACUACCACCAAGCAGCAUCAGUGCCUCCAGGAAGAUGGGUAGACUUGUACGGGAGGGAGGUGUGACCGUGUGCUCGUCUUCGGACGAGUUCGCCAGCACUCAUGGUUUCCCAGGCUUUUCCUUUGGGCUGCUGCACCACGGCACGGACAGCACGGCGUCAGGGCAUCCCGCGGCCACCGGGGGAGCUGCAAUCGUACGGGGUAUGCGUUGGCACAAGUGCCGUCUGGUUCUGAAAGAACGAGAUAAGGAUGGAGUGGAUGGAGGGAUGGAGUAUUUCCUGGAGUUUUACAUCCCGCCUAAGUCCUCCAAGGCCAGACUGACUGUCCCAUGCGGCUCUAUUGUUGAUGUAAGGAGUACUACAGCUAUAGAGGUGCCAGACAAAGAGAACACCUUCCUUCUACAGUUGGAAGGUCAGGCGCAGUACGUGAUCGAGACCAGAGAUGCGGUUCAGAUGAGAGCUUGGCUCAGUGACAUCAGAAAUGCCAUUUGUUUAAGUGAGCAAGAGGAUGUUGAGGGAGUGUGUGGCAGUGCUCUCAGUGUAACGCCAGAAUUCAGCGACCGCCUGUCUCAAGUGUGCUAUGGUGGAGUUAGUGGUUCUCCCCAGCUGGAGCCUCUACCCCCUGAGUUACCACCCCGUGCCCCUCUUGACGAAUCAGACAGUCGACUGCUUGGUGGGGGCGGAGGCGGUCUUGGCACACCUUUUGCUGAAACUCCUGAUGCCACAGGGUCGUUCCUGUUCUCUGAAGGUUCUGUGUCAGAGACUGUGGAACAUCCUCUGAGUGAGUGUCAGUGGUUCCACGGCACACUCUCCCGUCUUAAGGCAGCCCAGCUGGUGCUGGCGGGUGGGAUGGCCAGCCAUGGAGUGUUCCUUGUGCGGCAAAGUGAGACACGGCGCGGAGAGUAUGUCCUCACCUUCAACUUCCAGGGCAAAGCAAAGCACUUGCGUCUCUCCCUGAACGAGGAUGGACAGUGUCGUGUGCAGCAUCUCUGGUUCCAGUCCAUUUUUGACAUGCUGGAGCAUUUCCGUGUGCACCCCAUUCCCCUUGAAUCUGGGGGCGCCUCUGAUGUCACCCUCAUCAGCUUUGUGGGGGCCACGAAUGUCCGGCAACCAGACUUGACCAGCAGACCCCGUAGUCCUCCUCAGCCGCCUCCUCCCCCUCUGCCUCCUGGACGCCCUCCGCCCCCGACCCCGCCGCAGGAACGAGGGAGCGAAACAGAGGCCGCCGCCGCCGGAGGAGGAGGAGGCGGAGCGAGCAGCGGGGCAGAAGAGUGUGAGGAACGCGAGCGGGACCCGCCGCUCCUCCAGCUGGAAGGGGUGGAGGGCGAGGAGAGGGAAGGAGGGAGGGCGAGAGCCAUCGACAACCAGUACUCCUUCUUCUGAAAGGGGAAAACCACGAGGUGGGAUAGAGGAGGAAGAGGAGAGCCCUUUACAAUCAGUAUUUUCAGUAUUCUCCAGUGGAAGACCUGACCGAGGGGGUCACAAUCACACGGCCGAGUUAACACUAUUAAACAUGAGCUUUCACGUUGCGAGAGAGUGAUGGAGAGAGAGAGAGAGAGAAAGAGAGAGAGAGACCGACACCCAUACACACAAGCAUAUAUGAUACUGACGGUACAUCUUUAAAACACUAAGUAAUGGUACUACACUAAAUUGGAGGUGCAUUGUGGAAAUGUUGGUCAACUUUUACUAAUUUGUUCUCCAGUGUUUGUCAGUGUGAAAGUUCCUCCUCUGGUGCUGCUGCAUAGGAAGGUACGACAGUGUCAGCGCCACCACUGAGCGGGUGUCGUGAUUUUAGCAGCUUAUUUCUUGAAGAGUCCUUCUAGUCAUUACAUUCAUUCAAAUGUCUAGUAUUCUUUGACCCUUCGCACUUAUACAAAAGAGUUUUUUUUUUUCCCUCAGGUGAGCGGAUAUUUUUACUUGUUCAGAGAUUGUUACCCACCAGCACUCUUGUUGUUGAUAUUAUUAUUAUUAUUAUUAUUACUGGAACAUUUUAGUUGUUUUGUUUUCUUCUUGUUCUGCCACUGACAAACUAUGAAUGUCGCAAAGUACUUUUCUUCCUUCCUGCUCAUUUCAAUUGUACUGAUUUUGGUAGUUCAGUAGAAGGCAUUGUCUUGGGCUUAACAAUGUCCAUUUUUGCAAAAAAAAAAAAAAAAAAAAAAAUCAAGCCCAGUCCUCUGAA